GUUGGUGUUGGUCAGCAUUUUGUGUAAAGGAUGGCGUACAGGGCCAGGUACCGGUACACCAACACAGACGGAAGAGUGCGUAGUGCAAUCACAUGGGCCUCCAUAACCGCCGAAUUGCUUUCCCCUUCCAUAGUAUCUUACAGAAAACAGAAUACAAGGGCGUAGCCGGAGGGAGCAGUUUCAUUUUCGGCAUCCGGUGCAGUUCCAUUUUUCCAUUCUUUCAACUCCUCCCUCGUCAAUAAAGUUAUGGAUGAUUGCCCCACUCACCAUCAGCUGCAGCUGCAGGCGCAGGCGCAGGAUUCUAAGGAGUUGGAGUUCGAUCUCGGAUCCGACGAGCCUGAGGCCGCCCCUCUCCCCCUCGCCGUUACUUCCAGGGUUCUGCACAUGUUCGGAGACAUCGCAGCAGGCCCCGCUUAUAGCUUUUCGAAAUGGCUAGAACUCGUCCGUAAACGUAACGGCAAACAUCGCCCUUCUGCCUUCCACAACCGCCCUCAUCCACCCUUCAACAUGCCUUAUGGUGUAGAAGAACUUGUCACUGAGUCCAGAAGUCUUCCUGCUACUGAGCAAUCAACUGAAACCAAUUUGUGGGAUAGGCUCGCUAAAGCUUCAAUGAUGGACAUUGAAUCGAGCUCUUUUUCGUGGGAUAGGCUCCUGUCUCUUCACCGCACUGAACACAGUAGCAGCACUGAACAUUCAGAAGACGAGAUGAAUAAACCCCUUGAGGUCACUGUAAAUUCUGGUGGAGUCGUUUUCUUUGCGCUCUUCAGUCAGCUUGGUUAUGACGAUAACUUUCCAAAGGAAGCAGCUGCUGUUAUAAAGAUAUCAUCUUCAAGAAUGGCUACACAAUCUGAACGUCUGGGCUACGAAUUUGCCAAGUGGCUUGGAGUUCAAACUCCACAGGCUAGAGUUAUUCAUAAUUCUAGCAUGGAAUGGCUCCAAAUAAAAGAAGCUGCAGAGAAGGCACGAGAUGUUGCCUGUUUAGAGGGUGACGAGGUUGGUGAAAUGACAUGUUCUGAACUAUUGGAAGCACUCGAAUUAAGCAGAUGCCUUUUUCUAAUGAGCUAUGUCCACGGGUCUUCUUUAUUAGAAAGUUCAAGUGCAUUUGAAUCACGGGAAGUAGCCGAGAAAUUAGCAGCUGCUAUUGGAAGGAUCUUGUUAUUGGACCUUGUCAUCAGAAAUGAAGAUAGGCUACCUUGCCGUCUUCUUCGUUGGCGUGGAAAUUCUGCAAAUUUGCUCUUUGCCGAUAGAGUAACAUGUGCAAGUAUGAAUGCAUUUGAGGAAGCCUUUGAUUCUGCUAUUAAGCGAUAUAGACCAAAGGUUGUUACUAUGCUUCAGAAGGAAAGAAGGGCAACUUCAGUGGACAGUAGACUGAGUUCUAAUUCAAGUCUGCUAUUAGAGGCCUCUGAACUUUGUGACAUUAUUGAAUCCCCAAAAUCUAGUAACCUAAGUGUAAAAAGUCAAAUAUCGGACGAUAUGAUGACUUGUGAUUUUAGCAUUGUGGCUAUUGACUCCGGUGUACCUCGUCGACCCCCAGCUGGAAAACGUGCUAAUGACCAGUCAAUUUACCCCAAGUUAGUUGAGUUGCUACUUAACAGUUCUGAGUUCUCCUCUAAUUUAUUACAUGACAUUACAGGAGGGAAAUUAGGGUUCCCUUCAUUAGCCGAUGCCAACUCAACCACUGGUAUACAGUUCACGGAUAUGACUUCCAUUGUCCAUGAAUUUCGUUACGGGUUCCGUGCUGCUCUUAGGGAUCUGCAAGGAUUUCACAUAUUUUUGCUUACACUUCACCAAAAGUUGGACAACUCACUACGAGCAUUCAUGAAUAUCAUAAAUAAAUUUCCCUUGGGGGAAUCUGAUAAAGAAGAUUCAGGGGUUCCUGAGUCCCAUUCGCAAGUUUCUGCCACUUGUCAUUGUCUAUCUCCACGUGGUAAGGAACGAGCCUCUAAUGACAGUAGUGUGGAUUUUACAGAUUCAGCUCCAAGAUCAUCGUCAUUAGGAAAUAAAGAAAGCUCAGACUCAACUUCUCCCUUGUCACGAGAUAGCUCACAAGGAAAGUUAUACAGGGGAAGUGCAGAGCCCAUUCGUAGCCUUCGUUUGACUGCAAAGCUUCGAGACUUCCAUAAAUUUGCCAAGGUUGAUGCUGAAUCAAACAAAGAAUUGGAUAUGUGGAAUGAAGUGCUAAAGAAUGAAGCGGUUAAACUCUGCCAAGAGAACAAAUUUAAUACUGGGUUUUUUGAGGGCAGCGAUAGUCAUGGAGUUGUCGAUGCUUAUGAAUUGAAGGUGAGACUUGAGCACAUUCUUGAAAGGAUUGCACUAAUAUCUGAGGCUGCAAAUACAGAAAGGCCUUCUUCAGUUACAGCUGCCUUGUUUAUAGGGGGUGCCUUGGCUGCAAGAUCUGUUUACACUCUUCAGCAUCUAGGAGUCACUCAUAUCUUAUGUCUUUGCUCAAAUGAAAUUGGACAGUCAGAUUCUCAGUUUCCUGAUUUAUUUGAAUACAAAAAUUUUUCCAUAAGUGAUAAUGAAGACUCAAACAUCAGCAGUAUCUUUGAAGAAGCUUGUGAUUUUAUUGAUGACAUUGAAAGUAAGAGUGGAAAGGUUCUGGUUCAUUGCUUUGAAGGGAGAAGCAGAAGUGCCACAUUAGUUCUUGCUUACCUGAUGCUCAGAAAGAAUUAUACACUGUUAAAGGCAUGGAGUGCUCUGAAACGAGUUCACCGUCGAGCUCAGCCUAAUGAUGGGUUUGCUAAAAUAUUACUAGAAUUAGAUCGACGAAUACAUGGAAAAGUUUCGAUGGAGUGGCAAUCACGGAAACCAACGAUGAAAGUUUGCCCAAUUUGUGGGAAAAAUGCAGGUCUGAGUAGUAGCUCAUUGAAGCUUCAUCUGCAAAAAUCACACAAGAAACUAUCAUCUGGGAGUGUAGACAGUGCAAUGACAAUGGAAAUACAGAAAGCAUUAACAGCUCUGAGAAUUAGUCGUGGGGGAAGCGUAAGCCCCACCCAGAGGCAAUCUCUUCUCAUCUUGGAUGAAUAGGGGCUGAUUCAUCACUUCUUUUCGAUUCUAUUGCAUGACUUCUUGUCACUAGAAAAAGUGAUAGAAAUAUCUGAUAUUUUUGUACGGAUUUCACAUCUAUUUAUUGAAAUAGUUCUCUAAAGAAAGGUUUUCUCUGGUUUUUGGUAUUGAUUUUU